AUGGCGGCUCCUCAGGACCUACUUGAACGUCUCCAAGUCCAUCUUGGCCAGCUGGAGGAGGAUCCAACCAACACAGAUAUCGACGAACGUCUUUUCGAGUCAUGUUCACUAGCUCUGGCUCCCGGCCUCUCGAAUAAGGACUCCAUUACGCUCAUCUCACAGCUCUCCCGCAUCUUGCCGGUGCUACAGAAGGAUCCGACACAACCGAUCCAAUUCCUGGUGCUUUUACUGGAGCCGUUGAGUUAUUCGGACGUGCUCGGUCUCAAUGCCGCGGUCGACUUUGCUGGCGGGCUGCAUGUUGCUGCCGUACCGUACAACCGACUUAUGCUUGCGCUGCUGAACAAAGCUGCUGGAAAUGCCACGGACGCUGCGACCAUUGCCGCGCAACCUGAAGUCGUGACUGCGUUGGUGAAUCUCUGGCUGUGCACUGGGGAUGCUGGAAUUGCCAAGCAGGCUGGCGAUGUGUUGCUUGCUUUGCUCAAGGUCGAUCAUGCGGUGCCUCCUGGUGCUGGCGAAGAAAAGUCGCUGCCCGGUCACAGUCAGGGAUUGAUGUGGAAGCGUGUGUUUGGUGAUCAGGAUGUUUAUGCGCUGAUUUUUUCCGUCUGCUCGUUGAAGCAUACUGAAGGUGUGGAGUUGUCGGGGAGCCAGAGGACGCUAGCUCAAGCGAGACUGCUCGAGUGGCUGCCUGAGGUGGGUGUUGUGAACUGGAAUGCCAUUACACAUGCACAUCAUCCAGAGGUUGAGGAGCGCUUCACCGAUGGCAAGGGAGAAGGUAUGCUGUACUUUGCUGCUACAUGCAUGGUCGAUACCGCUGGCGAUGUCUUGAUGCAUCGCUGCCUGGUGGAGUUCUACGCUACCUUGCUCCAAACAAUCACGCCGACAGAGUCAGCAGGUUCACCUCACUCUUCUGCUGCACUGGACUUUCUCGUUCAGCACAAGCUUCACGAUAAGGCAAUGAGUUUCUACCUGGACCCUAACAACCCUCGUCACGACCCUUUGGAUGUUCAAUUCCUGUACGCACCCUCGGCCAACUACCUCGCUGCCUACGUGUCAUCAUAUCCCUCCCACUUUCUAUCCAGCUCCCUCAAACCAACCCUCAUGAAACGACUACAAACCUCAUUGGACCUAUCGCCCAACCGCUGGGCCCACGCCGAGUCCCCAAAACACGAUUUACACAUUCUUGCCUCUAUGCCUCGCAGCUCUCUGUUACCCGACAACAACAAUUGGAAUUCCUCUCCAUUCUCCCUGUUGCCCACAAAAUCCACAAAUGCAGAUGUACUGGCCACUCUAGCGACAAUCUUCCACGGACCCUCCAAGCAGGAAAUCAUCAAUUAUCCAGUCAUGAGUCCGUUGAUGGAUACAACCCACACUGCCCACUGGAAGUCUGAAGCCCAAGCUGCAUAUGCAUUGUACUAUCUCUAUCUCAACCACAACCCCUUACUCUUCGCCGAUCUCGUGCGUCACGCUUCCAUAAUUGCACUCAGAGAGAAUGCCCUUGCUGCCAUUAGCUGCAUCCGCAGUAUCGGGACUGCGAAUUGGUUGCCCCUAACCGAUGCCUCUACACCUACAGCCACAGACUUUAGGGCAACACUUCCCCACACCGCGCUUGCGGAACAGCANAAAGGGUUCUUGGCUCUCUUGUCGCCGCCGAGUUUGGAGUAUACAUUGCCGUAUUUGUUGUCUGCGAGCCAGAUGUUUUCGAACUUGGUGGGUGGAGUNGGGGAUAGUGAGAAUUCUGCUUAUCGGGUUGCGAUGAGUAAGUUUGAGUGUUUGAAGGAGGUGUAUAAUCGACUCAAGGUAUAUGCGGAGGAAGGAGAUGCAGAAGCAAAGGAGUGGGAUGAUGUGGUGGUUACGUUGAGGAAGAAGGUUGAUGAGGGGCCUUUUGGAGGUAGAGGUUAUGAGGUGGGUGGUAGGAUUGCUACUAUGGAGUUGUAA